AUGAGGGCGUCUUUGAAGGGCAAGUACGAAAAUGACAAAAGCAACGCCGCUGCUACUGUCGCCUUCAACGCCGGCGAUAUUAAGCUUCGGGCUUCCGUAACCGACGCCACUGUCGUCAGCGGCCCUAGCUUAAAUGGCUUAGCUUUAGCUGUCGAGAAACCUGGCUUCUUCAUAAUUGACUACAACGUUCCCAAAAAGGAUUUUAGGUUUCAGUUUAUGAACUCAGUUAAAGUUGUAGACAAGCCCUUGAAUUUGACAUACAUUCAUAGUAGAGGGGAUAACCGGACUAUUUUGGAUGGGACUCUCGUGGUUGAUUCAGCGAACAAGAUAUCUGCUAAUUAUAUGCUCGGUACGGAGAAUUGCAAGUUGAAGUAUACUUAUGUGCACGGAGGGCUGACUACGUUUGAGCCGUGUUAUGAUUUGGCAAAGAAUUCAUGGGAUUUUGCAGUAUCUAGGAAGGUUUAUGCUGAUGAUGUGUUCAGGGCUACGUAUCAAACGUCAAGCAAGAAUCUAGGCUUGGAGUGGUCAAGGAAUUCAAAGCUGAACGGGAAUUUCAAGGUUUCUGCAUCCGUCAAUUUGGCUGAGGAGUCAAAAAUGCCAAAAUUAAGUGCUGAGAGUACAUGGAACUUUGAGAUGUGA